AUGCUCUCCUCCGCUAUCAUCCUCUUCGUGGCCGUUAUUAUGAUCCUCUGUUUCCACACCUACGCCCGAUGGCACUUCCGUCGUCAGAACCGUCGCAUUCGCCGCCGUAUUCGUGCUCACCUCCGCACUCUCUCCGCCUCCCCCGGUGACCAAGCUCUCGACCCGGCGGUUCUCGAAAAGAUCCCGAUCUUCGUAUACUGCUCCUCCAACUCCAAGGUAGAGAAGGAGGAGUGCGCCGUCUGCUUAUCGGAGUUCGAGGAAGAAGAAGAAGGCCGCAUCCUCCCUAAGUGUGGCCACUCUUUUCACGUCAGUUGCAUCGACACUUGGUUCCGCUCCAGAUCCACUUGCCCGCUUUGCAGAGCUCCGGUGGUCCACCACGUAGUAGAAGAAACCGCUUCUUCUUCCUCGCCGUUGAGAUUUGCCAUGGAGGCUUGCGAGAGAGAACCCAUUGAUCUCGUCGGCGUCAUGGUGGAGACUCCCAGAGACUUUGAAUCUCAUGGCUCGAAUCCGGUCCUACUUAACCAAACCGGAUCCAAAUUCCCGGUUUUAUCUUUGAAAAGGCUUUAUAUGGACUUUUUUAUUCCGCGGUAA